AUGCAGUCCACUUCCCCUUCUCCCGGAGCUCCCAUCUUCAAAAGGGCCUCUGUACCCCCGCAGAGAUUUUUAUUUAACGGCUCUCCAUCGACACGGUUUUCUCCCCUUGAGCGCUCUCCUCCUUGCCCUGUUAUGGAUGACUUCGAGGAGAAAUUUUAUAACACAGCAUCGCCGCCUCAUAUAGCAUCUCCCACGAGCGCUAACGAUUACGCACGGCGCCGGCCCCUUUCCCCUUUUACCUUUACCUUAGUACCCCCUUUUCCCCUCACCCUCGGCAAAUACACCGCGACAAAUGGACGACACAGAGCGUCUCGACACGAGGAAUCACACCCAAAGUCAGCCCGGGACCUUAGGCCUACGCAUAAAGAUUUAAGCAAGAAAGCCACGGAGGUAAAAGCAGUGCAAAUAGAUGAACUGAAACUUAUCAUGGGAGGGCGAGUCCCAGAACCUAGCAAGGUCGGCCUCUACACAGGGCAACAGGAGUUCAUGGGCUGUUUUGAUGCCAAAUUACGUAAUCGCAGAGAUCACCGCUUUCAUACAGACUCGAGAACUUUCCCGGAACUUAUUACUGGAAAUUAUACACUAGGAAAUUCGCAGGUCCUUUCCCUCGGUGCCGACGUCCUUCCGGAAUAUAAACUCCAGUCGCCGCGAAUACACAAAUGGACGAUCCUACACUAUUCUCCGUUCAAGGCGGUGUGGGAUUGGAUUAUCCUUCUCCUGGUCAUCUAUACGGCUAUCUUCACGCCUUACGUGGCCGCCUUCCUUCUCAACGAGCAGGAGGAACGCAGAAAGAAUCACCAGAACCAAUACGAUAAUCCUAUUGUUAUUAUAGACCUUAUUGUUGACAUCAUGUUCAUGGUUGACAUUGUGAUCAACUUCCGUACGACCUACGUCAACCACAACGACGAGGUGGUCUCUCAUCCGGGGAAGAUCGCCCUGCACUACCUGCGGGGUUGGUUCCUCAUCGACGUUGUGGCUGCGAUUCCCUUUGAUCUCCUGCUGGUCAACCCUGAUGUAAGUGACGUUGUUGAGGGAGAACGUGAGCAGGAGGCAGAUGAUGAAAAGACCACAACCCUCAUCGGUCUGCUGAAGACGGCGAGGCUCCUCCGUUUGGUCAGAGUUGCACGAAAGAUCGACAGAUACUCUGAAUAUGGCGCGGCUGUCCUGCUCCUGCUCAUGGCGACCUUUGCGCUCAUCGCCCACUGGCUCGCGUGCAUUUGGUAUGCUAUUGGUAACGCUGAGCGGCCAGGGCUCCUCCACAAGAUCGGCUGGCUGGACCACCUCGCCAACGCGACGCACCAGUACUACUACAGUAAUAGUACGGGCGGACCAACGCUGAGGGCAAAGUACGUGACUGCGCUGUACUUCACGUUCAGUAGUCUUACGUCUGUGGGCUUCGGGAACGUGGCGCCAAAUACAGAUGCCGAGAAGAUAUUCACCAUUCUAGUUAUGCUGAUCGGCUCUCUCAUGUACGCCAGUAUCUUUGGAAACGUUUCGGCUAUCAUCCAGCGGCUCUAUGCGGGAACAGCACGGUACCACACGCAGCUGAUGCGGGUAAAGGAAUUUAUCCGCUUCCACCAAAUUCCCAAUCCGCUCAGACAAAAGUUAGAGGAAUAUUUUCAGCACGCCUGGUCUUAUACGAAUGGGAUAGACAUGGGAGCGGUGAUGAAGAUGUACCCAGAGUGCCUUCAGGCCGAUAUUAGCCUGCACCUCAACCGUAACCUCUUCGAAGCUUGUCCGUCUUUCGAAGGAGCAAAGCCAGGAUGUUUAAGAGCACUUAGCAUGAAGUUCAAAACUACACAUGCUCCACCGGGGGACACUUUGGUCCAUCGGGGUGAUGUCCUUACCUCCAUGUACUUCAUUUCAAGAGGUUCCAUCGAGAUCCUCAAAGACGAUGUUGUUAUGGCAAUCUUAGGUAAAGAUGAUAUAUUUGGCGAGAAUCCUUGCAUCUACCCAACGAUAGGGAAGUCGUCCUGCAACGUCAGAGCGCUUACGUACUGUGACCUUCAUCAAAUCAUGAGAGAUGAUAUCUUGGAUGUCCUCGACUUGUAUCCAGAAUUUGCGGACGAUUUUUCCCGCAAUUUGGAGAUUACGUUCAAUUUGAGAGACGAGGAGGCACAAGGCGUCGACCCACUGCUCCUACACAAGAAGUGCCGUCUGUCCCGAUCUCGUAGUCACUCGCAGGACACCGAGGACCCGAGACGUACGGCGUUCAGACCUCCGCGACACCGAAGGAGGCGCUACGUACAGCCUGGUUCGAGCGGGGAGGAGAGUGACUCUGAUGACAAACACCUUGACUCUGGGCGAGGUGUUGGUGAAUUCUCACCUGACAAAGUAGGGCCAGAUGGGAGUCCAAUAAACCAACAUUUCGACCAUAAACAACGUUCAGGAACCCUCAACUCCAUAACUGUGAGCUAUUCUCCAAGCGACAGUUGUGUCAAUUGA